AUUGGAAGCAUACGGCGCCACCCUCGCCAAACCACUGUUUGCCUUUAACGACGCCGGCGGAGGAAGGAGUAAACAAGCCCGGCAGCGGCAGCGGCAGGUGGUCGGCGUCCGGCAGGCGGGGAAAAAGGGCAAGCAAAACGGCGCCAUUCUACGGGACGUCGUCUCAGGAAUUCAGGAUAGCAUAAUUAAACCUGUAUAUUGUAAUUUGUAUAUGUGUAGCAUCAUCCCAUUCCGCCAUUAUCGCGGGGGUAAAGAAGAAUUCAUCAAAGCUUUACUUUCUGCCUCUCUCUCUCUCUCUCUCUCUGGAGUGGUCACACACACUGCUCCGCAAAAAUAUCCAUCCGCUUACAGAAAAACACGAAAAUUCAGAAAACUAGUUUUGGUCUCUCUUUCCGCCUCUCUCUAUCUCUCUGAAUCGCCGCCAUGGCUUCCCGGUUCUGACCCCAUCGGAGGCCCACCGUCUUCACCAUCUCCGUUCCCGCCCACUUCCGUAACUCCGAUCUUAUUUCCCUGAUUUCUGAUCUGGUACCGUCUGCCCCUUCCGCGCUCUGAAUUUAUGUUUCUUUUUUUCUUUUCUUUUUUUUUUGCAGAAAGUUGAACCGCCGUUGAUUGAUUCGGUGAUUUCUUUUUGUGCUGGUCGAAUUUUGUUCCUGAGUCGUUUACGAUGGCCGCUCCGCCCGCCAGAGCUCGAGCUGAUUACGAUUUCCUCAUUAAGCUACUCCUGAUUGGCGACAGCGGUGUGGGCAAGAGUUGCCUUCUUCUGCGCUUCUCUGAUGGCUCUUUCACUACAAGUUUUAUCACCACUAUAGGUAUUGAUUUUAAGAUAAGAACCAUUGAGCUUGAUGGCAAGAGAAUUAAGCUUCAGAUUUGGGAUACAGCAGGCCAAGAGCGUUUCAGAACUAUCACGACUGCCUACUAUCGUGGAGCUAUGGGUAUUUUACUGGUCUAUGAUGUUACUGAUGAAUCGUCUUUCAACAACAUAAGAAAUUGGAUCCGCAACAUUGAACAACAUGCUUCUGAUAACGUGAACAAGAUCUUGGUGGGAAACAAGGCAGACAUGGACGAAAGCAAACGGGCGGUGCCUACAGCAAAGGGACAAGCACUUGCCGAUGAGUACGGGAUCAAAUUCUUCGAGACUAGUGCAAAGACAAAUCUAAAUGUGGAGGAAGUUUUCUUCUCAAUAGCAAGGGACAUAAAGCAAAGGCUUGCAGAUACCGAUUCGAGGGCCGAGCCAACGACCAUUCGGAUCAAUCAAGGAGACCAGUCAGCUGGGGCUGGCCAAGAGGGACCGAAAUCGGGUUGCUGCGGUUAAGUUGAGAAGAUUCCAUCCCAUCCCAGCUCGUACGUUUUUGUGUAGGAAAGAUCCUGAAUCCAAAGUAGAUCCUCCACUUACUUGGAUUGAAGGCAAAGCUAAUAGGAAAAUACAACUAGUUCGAUGAGCGAUGAUUAUUGCUUGUAAUUCUUCAUUUUUUUUUUGCUUACUCUUUUUUUUUUUCUUUGGUCUCUUCGAUUUCUAUUAAUUUUUUCUUUUUUGUUCUGGAUUUGUUUGUACUUGUAACAUCCCGAAUUUUUUUCCGACAAAGAUAUUGUGCGUUUUGAGCCUCAA